CAAAGACUGAAGGAAGUAAACUAAAAAUUUGUUGACCACUUUACCCGCAUUUUGCAUUCAUCGUUCAAGUUCGCUCCGCCCCUUCUGCAACUUAUUUUCCCCUAAGAAACCUCAAAAAUGGCGGCACUAAUAACUUCUCAUUGCAGAAAAAUCUUCCGAUCAAAACAUUACUUUCCCAACAUCCAAUUUUUCCGAACAUCAGCAGCUACAGCAGAUAUUAAAGAGACCGGUCUCUACAAUUUUCCUCAUUUGAAAACUGCCAACGGUUUCCAGCGUUUCGUUGAUGAUGCAAUCGAAAGGUCUGGAGAACUUAUUUAUUACAUUUCUACUAUGCCUUCGUCUACUGAAAUUAUACGCGCUAUGGAUGAGAUUUCUGAUACUGUUUGUUCAGUGGUGGACUCGGCUGAGUUAUGUAGACAUACUCAUCCUGACAGAGAAUUUGUAGAGCAAGCUAAUAUUGCUUCCUUGAGAAUGGAUGAAUAUCUACAUUAUUUGAAUACAAAUUAUAAUUUAUAUAAUGCUGUGAUGAAAGCUGAGCGAGAAGGCAAGGUCCUUAGUAAAGAAACUCAACGGGCAGCUCAUUAUUUACGUGUUGACUUUGAGAAGGGAGGCAUCCAUCUCUGCAGUGAAAAAUUACAACGAGUUAAUCAGCUCAAUGUGGACAUUGCUCAACUAUGCCGCAAGUUUAAUGCAAACAUUGUGGAUGACCCUGGUUAUGUGGACAUAUAUCCUACUAUCCGUAUUCCAAAACGUUUGCAUCAUCUCGGUAGGCCUAUUUAUCGUCCUGCUGGAUUGCCAAGAUUAGGGCUGGAUAUGAAAGAAAAGGGAUACCGACUUGGUUUAGAUCCAGUGUCUCUAAGUUCUAUUUUACAGUGGGCAUCAGAUGCAGAGGUAAGAAAACUUGCGUAUAUUCGAGGAAAUUCUGUACCUCUUGCAAAUCUCGAUGUACUUGACAAACUCAUAGCUGCUCGUCAUGAACUGGCACAGAUAAUGGGUUAUAAGUCUUAUGCUGAGUUUGCAACGCGCCCAAACAUGGCUUCUUCAGCGGAUGUUGUGAUGUCUUUUCUGUUGGAGUUGAGCAGCAUGGUCAGGCCUAAAGCUGAUGAGGAAUUUGAAAGACUAAGGGAUUACAAGCGUGCAAAGACUGGUGAAAUGUCUGAGGAUCUGGAGCCUUGGGAUGAGACAUACUUCUCUGCAAUGAUGAAGGCUUCUAACUUUGACUUGGAUGCUUCAGUAAUUGCAUCCUACUUUCCUCUGCUACAAUGUAUUGAGGGUUUGAAAUUACUCGUGGAGUCAUUGUUUGGUGCAACAUUUCACAAUAUCCCUCUUGCCCCAGGUGAAUCAUGGCAUCCGGAUGUUCUUAAAAUGUCACUUCAUCAUCCUGACGAGGGUGAUUUGGGGUACUUGUACCUCGACUUGUAUUCUAGAAAGGACAAAUAUCCGGGUUGCGCUCACUUUGCAAUUAAAGGAGGGCGACGGAUUUCAGAAGCAGAAUACCAACUUCCUGUUGUGGCCCUCAUUUGUAAUUUUUCAAAUUCGAGUGAUCCAUCAACAGCAAGGCUUAACCAUGGGGAAGUAGAAACACUGUUCCAUGAAUUUGGACAUGCUCUGCAUUCACUGUUAUCUAGGACAGAAUACCAACAUUUUUCAGGAACCAGGGUGGCAUUGGAUUUGGCCGAAACUCCUUCAAAUCUUAUUGAGUACUACGCUUGGGAUUACCGAGUUCUGAAGACAUUUGCUAAACAUUAUUCAACUGGUGAAGUCAUACCUAAAAAAUUGGUGGAUUCAAUGCAAGCUGCAAAGAUGAUGUUUGCUGCCACUGAAUUGCAGCGGCAGAUCUUUUAUGCUAUGAUUGAUCAAAAGCUUUUCGGUGAACAAGAUUCUCCUCCAAAAGAUACUAUUUCAAUUGUGGCAGAUUUGAAAAGACAAUAUACUAGUUAUAAGCAAGUUGAAGGAACACACUGGCACACCCGGUUUAGCCACUUGCUAAAUUACGGUGGAGGCUAUUAUAGCUAUUUGUAUGCGAAAUGUCUUGCUUCAACCAUAUGGAAAAAUGUAUGCGAAGAGGAUCCCCUUUCUCUAGAAACUGGGACUGCGCUUCGAAGCAAGUUUUUAGAACAUGGGGGUGCUGUGGAACCAGUUGAACUAUUGAAUGAUCUAGUUGGGGAUGGUAGUAUAAGAUAUUCCAAUGGAGGUGUGAUCCCUGAUAUCCGAGCUCUCUCGGAAGAGAUGAAGCUAACCUGAAUUGCGGGAAUAUCUCUGUGUGACUUGAAGAAAUGGCAAGAGGGGGAGCGAUUCUAUGUUCCCACAUUUGAGUUGUUUCUCCUUCAUAAGACCCGUUGGUGGCAGAUCCAGAGUGAUUAUUCUUUGAGAAGCGGGCAUGUGUAUGGUUUUGUUUUGGCAGGAAAAGGGGGAAAGAAACCCACAAAGACCAUUCAGGACGGCUAAAGCUCAGGACUAUUCUCGCUAUGGUUUUGGGUUCAACUGACAGAAUGAUGCAGCUAUAGUGGUGUUUCUGUCAUCACAUUGUUGAAUGAUGCAGCUAUAGUGGUUCUGUCGACCAUAUUUGUUACUAAUGUAUUUAUUUGAUAGUGAUGUUUUCCGCUAAUGAAUAUUCUAUCAGAUCAAUUUCAGUUGCGUAGGAAAUUUCUCAAGGACUGUUGUCUGAAAUUCAUUGUAUCGAAAUGAAUAAUGAUUUUGAGAAAAUAUUCUUUUCAUUUAAUUAUGUUGAUGUUUGACAUGAAUAAUUUGUGUGUACAAUAUCAGCUGUAAUGUUAAUACUCAUUAAGAAUAAAUGAUUGAUUUAUGAUAUUGGACGUAA